GAUGAGCUCGCGAGUUGGGUUUUAAGUUGCGUGCGAGUUGUCGUGUGUGAGAGAGAGUCAAAGGCAAUUUUUCGCUGCUGACUGUUUAUCGUGAAAGCUGCAGUCUAUAGCUGCGAACGGUGGCCAAUCUGCACCGGAUCCGAUCCCGUCCAUAUUGACCAAACGAACAAACAAAACGACGGAGGCCAACAGUAUGCGGCAGUAGGCCCGCAGAGAGACAAGCUGCUGAUGGAAGAAAAAAGAAAGGCUCAGCCUGUGUACGAGUCAGCAUAACGAGAAGGAGGAGGAAAAAAACACGAAGAGUAAGUAGCUAACGAAGAACGCAAAACAGUUCCACUUAAAUCUAGUAGUAGCAGCUGGUUCCGCAAUGGCACUACGGAAGGUGAAGGGAAACUUCGAACGGAUGUUCGACAAGAAUCUCACGGACCUGGUCCGGGGUAUCCGCAACAAUAAGGAUAACGAGGCGAAAUAUAUUGCCCAGUGCAUGGAGGAGAUUAAGCAGGAGCUGCGACAGGAUAACAUAAACGUGAAGGCGAACGCAGUUGCAAAACUGACCUACUUGCAGAUGUGCGGCUACGAUAUUAGUUGGGCCGGUUUCAACAUCAUCGAGGUAAUGAGCUCGAAUCGAUUUACGUGCAAAAGGAUUGGCUAUUUGGCGGCCAGCCAGUGUUUCCACCCGGACAGCGAACUGCUCAUGCUGACCACCAAUAUGGUCCGGAAGGAUCUCAGCUCAACCAAUCAGUACGAUGCCGGUGUGGCACUGUCCGGCCUCAGCUGUUUCAUAUCGGGCGAUUUAUCGCGGGAUCUAGCGAAUGAUAUCAUGACCCUGAUGAGUUCCACACGGCCCUACCUGCGCAUGAAGGCGGUCCUCAUGAUGUACAAAGUGUUCCUCCGCUAUCCGGAGGCACUGCGACCUGCCUUCCCCAAGCUGAAGGAAAAGCUCGAGGAUCCCGACCCAGGUGUCCAGUCAGCGGCCGUGAAUGUCAUCUGCGAGCUAGCAAGAAAGAAUCCGAAAAACUACCUUUCGUUGGCGCCGAUCUUCUUCAAGCUGAUGACCACUUCCACCAACAACUGGAUGCUGAUCAAGAUUAUCAAACUGUUUGCCAGCCUGACGACAAUCGAACCGGCACUCGGCAGAAAGUUGACUCAUCCUUUGAUUGAGUUGAUUUCCAGCACUUCGGCGAUGAGUUUGCUGUACGAGUGCAUCAACACGGUGAUCGCGGUGCUGAUCAGCAUCAGCAGCGGAAUGCCGAACCACAGUGCUUCCAUCCAGCUGUGCGUGCAGAAGUUGCGUAUCCUCAUCGAGGAUUCGGAUCAGAAUCUUAAAUACCUGGGCUUACUGGCGAUGUCCAAGAUCCUUAAAACCCACCCGAAGAGCGUACAGGCGCAUAAGGAUCUGAUCCUGGCCUGCCUAGACGAUAAAGACGAAUCGAUUCGACUACGGGCUCUCGAUCUGCUGUACGGAAUGGUAUCGAAGAAAAAUCUGAUGGAAAUCGUGCGUCGAUUGCUAGGGCAUAUGGAACGAGCCGAGGGCUCCGCAUAUCGCGAUGAGCUGCUUUUCAAGGUGAUCGAAAUAUGCUCCCAGGGAUCUUACCAGUACGUGACCAACUUCGAGUGGUAUCUGACCGUACUGGUGGAACUGAUCCAGCUGGAGGCUGGUUCGAAGCACGGUAAAGUGAUCGCCACCCAGUUGUUGGAUGUUGCGAUCCGUGUGCAAGCCGUUCGUACUUUUGCGGUCAACGAAAUGUCCUCCCUGUUGGCGUCCUAUCCAGUUACAUCUCAGAACAGUACCAUGCACGAAGUGCUCUACGCGGCGGCUUUUAUUGUCGGUGAAUUUGCGAAUCAUCUGGACAAUCCGGAGCAGACUCUGAACACGCUACUGCAACCCCGCCAGGUGCCCGGUCAUAUUCAGGCCGUCUACGUGCAGAACACUAUGAAAUUAUUUUCCAAAUUGGUGCACGACUGUCUGGAGGAGGAUAAUUUGGAAGAUAUCCGGAAGUAUUGCACAAUGGUGCUUGAAGGACUUACGGUUUUCCUAAGUUCGGGGGACAUUGAAGUACAGGAACGGGCGAGCUCGGGUUUUAUGAUUAUACAGAUGUUGAAGGAUCAGCUGGACGGAACAUCUGAGUCGGAGAUUAUCCCGGAAAUCGGUGCGUCGGCUGAGCCAGAAGUACAAGUUCUAGGAAAGCCCUCGAUCCCAGAAGAUGUGGCGGAUUUGAUUCGGGAGAUACGCGAACUGUUCGAGGGUGAUUUGAAUCCAGUAGCACCGAAGGCACAGCAUAAGGUUCAGGUACCGGAGGGAUUAGAUUUGGAUGCGUGGAUUAAUACUCCACCGCCGUCGAGUAGCGAAUCCAGUGACGAGGAGAAAAUUUCCCUCUUCGGUCAACCGUACGAAGAUCACGAAGCGAAUGGGAACCACAAGGCCUACCGCAAGACGGAACAAAGCCAGGAAGAGUUGGAAAGGAUUCGUGAGGCUCGUAUCCAGGAACAAUCGAACAAUCCUAACUAUCUCAAACCAACGAAAAAGAUUACUCCCAAUCAAGAUGACUACCAAAAUACCGCGUCGGAGAACUACGAAGAAAUCCCGAUUGCGGAAAUUGCGCUGGAAGUUCCUCUUCAAAUUGUCUCCACUAAGCGGUCGGACAAAUACUUGCUGGAGCAGCAGCAAUCCAAGUCUACCAAAUCGGCAGCCGGGCAGCAGAGCAAAAAAAGCAAAAAGAAGUCGAAGCGACACAAGCGAAGCAGUAAAGCUAAAUACAGCGAAACGGAUUCCGACAGCGAUGAUCCAAAGCCAUUGCAUGUCGUCAACACGGUGGUCGAGCUGCCGGAGGGUGCAAUCAUGUCUGACAACGAGGAAAAAACGGUCGAAGACCCGAACGAUCCUCACCGGGCGUUGGACAUCGAUUUGGAUAUACCAAUCGUGGAGGAACGAUCAUCUCGCCGGUCAAAGGUCAAAGCUGCCCAGACUAGCGGCCUUCUGGUCGAUCCCGUGGAAGGCAGUUCUGCUACGGCGCCAAGUAAACCGAGACGCAAUCUCCCAAGUGCCGCGGAUGCGGAUGGCAACGAGGCGUCGGAAAAAUCCGCAAAGAAGGAGAAGAAAAAGAAGGAUAAAGAUAGAGAUCGAGAGCGGUCGCAUCGUCGUCGCCACAGGCGAUCAACAGAGGAGCAAGAAGAACCCCCCAAGGAAGUACAGCACGCAGCAGCAACCAAGUCCAACCGAGAGGGUUCUUUGGAACUGCUCGAUCCGCUGGAGAUCGAAAAACCAACCGAAGCAGAAGAGAAGAAAAAAUCCAGCAGAAAGAAACAUUCAAAGGAGAAAAAGAGUGCCAAUCUGGACGAGUCCACUGGUGAUCAGGAAGCGACGGAAAAGGUCCAUCGCAAGAAGAAAAAAUCCAAGAAGGAAAAAUCCUCUCGGAGUGAAAAAAUGGCCGACUACGAGGAGGCGCUUGGAAUCUCCACUCCCAGCAAGGAGGUUAUUUAAUAGAUACAGGAAGUUUAGCAUACCAGCAGCAAGAACAAACCAGCCGGCCUUUACUGUCCGACCUACUAUAAUAGUCUAUCCGUUUUUUCCUACGCCUAGUAACUCAAAGUACUCAUUAUCAUUACGGUAUGAUUAUCAGUUAUGUUUCUUCAGACGGAACAACUUUAUGCCGCCUUUUUCCCGUUUCCGUUGAGAGCUAAUCUAUUAUAUGCGCGAGAGAAACAGCAAAAAAAAAACGUAAACCUUAAAAGUAGUAGACAUAAAUACAGCCAAUUUCCAGACUCGCGCGAUCGUGCGAGUAGUAAAUAAAAAUUAAAUGCCGAGAGAGCGAACAGACUUACUCAAUUUUACCAUGUUGGAGAUUGACCACAGAGAAAAAAAAGAAAGAAAAAGCUGGGCCUCGGUAAAGUUUGUUGGCCGCCGAUGUUUUGGAAUACGCAAUAAAGAUAGUUUAACACACAUUUGCUGCACCUACUGAAUCGUAAUCCGUAGACCUAAGAACGUAACAUUGCGUAAUGAACAAGAAAAAAUACAGAGAGGACAUACAUCUUACCUAACAGAUGAUGAUUGUUAAUUAAUCAGUAAUUACAGGCAUAUGAGCAUUAUAUAUUAGUGCAUUAUUAAAAAAGUAAAACUGUCAAAAUAUAUAGAUAAUUUAUCAUA